UGGUAACGCAUGAGCACAGAAAAAAAAAUAUUUCUCACACUUACAGGAUACGCAUGCGCAGAGAGAACACCAACUGGUUUGUGUCAAGUAGAGGCAGACGGAUGUGAUCGAGCCUAAAAAAUCACCUUUAUUCUGGCAUUCAUGGUGACACAUCCAUGGGCUCAGAGCGGCUGGAGAUGCGUAAGAGACAGAUGCAGGUUCACCAGGAAACAGCUGCCAGUGUCCUCCAAGCACGCCACAGAAUGGGAAACACCCCCACCAACGCCUCAAACGCCUGCUGCUUCUGCUGGUGCUGCUGCUGUAGCUGCUCCUGUUUGACUGUUCGGGGUGAGGAUGAGACUGUACAGAGAUCAACGUUUGAGCACAGAACAGAGGGAACCACAAACUGUGAAGAAAGCCUGAAGCCUACUCUGGAAGACGCCCGCUCCUGGUCGAUUUCGUUUGAGAAGGUGAUGAAGAGUGCAGCCGGCCGCAGCUGCUUCAGGCAGUUCCUCAGGACGGAGUUCAGCGAGGAGAACAUGAUGUUCUGGCUCGCCUGCGAGGAUCUCAAAAAGGAGACCAACAAGACUGUGGUGGAGGAGAAAGUGCGUCAAAUAUACGAGGACUUCAUCUCAAUCCUGUCCCCUAAAGAGGUCAGUUUGGAUUCCCGCGUUCGAGAGGUGAUAAACCGCAACAUGCUGGAGCCGACCUCGUGCACGUUUGACGACGCUCAGCAGCAGAUCUACACGCUGAUGCAGAGAGACUCGUACCCCCGCUUCAUCAACUCCUCUGAGUACACGGAUCUGCUGAAGAACCUGGAGGAGCCCCCCCCUGAGCCGUAGACUCCGGAAACCGCCACACACUGAACUUUUCAAAAUGGCGCAUGCGUCCCACCCGAAGGAGUUUUCCGUGGUGUGUUUUUCCUGCCGGAGUACAGAAAGACAGACACUUCUUUAGACUUGUCUUUAUCCAGCUGUUACUGCUGUUUAUUUACCCAUGAUUAGCUUGGAGCAUAUGAGAACAAAUGCUAUGUCCAGCACCGGUUACUUGUUCAAAAAACAUAUCUAUAUUUUUAUAUACUCCCAAGCGCUUGACAUUGCACUUUUCUACCUUGUUUAAUGAGGGACAGCAUGUAUCUGUGAGCACUGCAUUUGUAUUUAGGAUUACUGAGCCUUAAUGCAUAUCCAGUUCUUGUAGAAGCUAGUAGGUUUUAUUUAACAGUAACUGAAGAAGAAGGAAAGUGCCUUGGAAUAAGAUCUUCUAAACUCGCACCUUUGGUCAAACGAAAACACGGUGCGACAAAGACUUCACAUGUUGGUGCUUUCAGCUCUUCUCAAAGAAACGUUUUUACAACUCAAUGAGCUGAUACCCUUGGAUAGAGCUUGUCUGUGUUUCAAUACUGUGAUAUUAGUCAUGAAAUAUUUACUUUAAAUAAAACAGGGACGAAGAGAGUACUGGAUACACGACCAUGAUGACCACUGAUAUAUUUGUGUAUUUACAAAAGGAUCUUGUGUGAAAUAGAUAUUUGAAUUCUCACCAAUCAAAUAAAGCACAAUCAUA